CUCCCCCGCGGGCCAUGGGGGCGCCCCCGGGCUACCGACCCUCGGCGUGGGUGCACCUCCUUCACCAGCUGCCCCGCGCCGACUUCCAGCUCCGCCCGGUGCCCAGCGGCUUCGCGCCCCGAGAGCAGGAAUACCAGCAGGCCCUGUUGCUGGUGGUGGCCUUGGCCGGCGUGGGCCUGGGCCUGAGCCUCAUUUUCAUUGCUGUCUACCUCAUCCGCUUCUGCUGCUGCCGGCCCCCAGAGCCCCCUGGGGCCAAGAGCCCCCCGCCUGGGGGCGGCUGUGUCACCUGGAGCUGCAUCGCUGCCCUUCUCGUCGGCUGCGCCGGCAUUGGCAUCGGUUUCUAUGGCAACAGCGAGACCAGUGACGGGGUGUCCCAGCUCAACUCGGCCCUCCUGCGUGCCAACCACACGCUCAGCGCCAUCGACUACCUGGUUUUGGAGACGGUGGAGCGGCUGGGCGAGGCCGUGAGGUCAGAGCUGACCUCUCUGGAGGAGGUGCUGGCGCAGCGCACGGAGCUGGUGGCCGCGGCACGGGGUGCCCGGCGGCAGGCGGAGACCGUGGCCCAGCAGCUGCAGGGCCUGGCCUUCUGGCGGGGCGUGCCCCUGAGCCCCACGCAGGUGGCCGAAGACGUGUCCUCUGUGGAGGAGUACAGGUGGCUGGCCUACAUCCUGCUGCUGCUCCUGGAGCUGCUGGUCUGCCUCUUCACGCUCCUGGGCCUGGCCAAGCAGAGCAAGUGGCUGGUGAUCGUGAUGACAGUGAUGAGUCUCCUUGUUCUCGUGCUGAGCUGGGGCUCAAUGGGCCUGGAGGCAGCCACUGCUGUGGGCCUCAGUGACUUCUGCUCCAGUCCAGACUCCUACGUCCUGAACCUGACCCAGGAAGAGACUGGGCUUGGCGCAGACAUUCUCAACUAUUAUUUCCUCUGCAACCAGGCCGUGUCCAACCCCUUCCAACAGAGGCUGACGCUGUCCCAGCGAGCUCUGGCCAACAUCCACGCCCAGCUGCAGGGCCUGGAGCGAGAAGCGGUUCCCCAGUUCCCGUCCGCGCAGAAGCCUCUGCUGUCCUUGGAGGAGACGCUGAAUGUGACAGAAGGAAACUUCCACCAACUCGUGGCACUGCUGCACUGCCGCAGCCUGCACAAGGACUACGGCGCCGCCCUGCGGGGGCUGUGUGAGGACGCUCUGGAGGGGCUGCUCUUCCUGCUGCUCUUCUCCCUCCUCUCUGCCGGGGCCCUCGCUGCCGCCCUCUGCAGCCUGCCUCGAGCCUGGGCCCUCUUCCCACCCAGUGACGACUAUGAUGACACAGACGAUGAUGACCCUUUCAACCCUCAGGAAUCCAAGCGCUUCGUGCAGUGGCAGUCAUCUAUCUGAGCCCCUUCUCCAGGCCAGACGGGCGGCGGCCCCCCCUCUCCGCUCCUUCCCUGGCUGCCGGAGAAGACCCCACUAACCUGCCUGACCUGACGGGCACCCACCACUGCUAACAGCCUGGCCGUGGACACCCCAAGCAGCUGCGCACAGGCCUGCCCCCUCGACAUGUCUGAGCCCUGGGAAGAAGGUGAGGGGGCAGGCCGGACUGGCCUGGCAGGGCAGGGGCGGCCUCCAGCCCCCACCCCAGGCCCCGCCCUGAAGGGACUCGACGCCCCGGCUCAGGCGCUCUUAUCUUGCUGCACUAACUUGGGAGUGGGUUGAUUUGAAAUAAAAGGGAAGACUUUAUUUUA